AUGCCUGUCCGGGAAGUCCUGCAGCGGCUUGCUGCCGAAAAUGCUCUUGAGGUCAAGAGCAACGGGCGUGUCCAGGUUCCUGACAUGACACCUGAUCGCUUUGACGAAGUGCUGAAGGCCAGGCUGUUGCUGGAGCCGGAACUGGCCGAACGCUCGCUCGAAAAGCUGUCAAAACGCGAUGUGAAGAUGCUGACCGCGAUUGAUGACGAAAUCGACCAGUGCAUCAUCAGCGGCGAUGCCGAGGCGUAUAUGCGCCUCAAUCACGCGUUCCAUUUCCAUGUCUACCGGGCGUCCGGUUCAAAGGUUCUUCUGCCUCUAAUCGACAGUCUCUGGCUUCAGUUCGCGCCAUUCAUGCGCACUGUCUAUGGCAGGGUCGGAACCGCGAUUCUCGUCGACCAGCACAAGGAAGCGAUCCGCGCGAUCGAGCAGCGUGACCGGGAUGCGCUCCGGGACGCCAUCAUGGGCGACAUCACCGAUGGCAUGGGACUUAUCGGCAAGGAAAUUCUUGAAACGACAUGA